UGUGGCUGCCAAUUUAAAAAAAAAUUGCCGGUAUGUGUAACACAUCGUAAGAGCGCGAUUUAAUUUCAAACAUUUUUCAUGGUAAAAAGACUAAAUUUUAAUUAAAAUGAAUUACGACAGUAGCUUUAAGAUGCAUUCUACCCAGCUAACUCCUAAAAACAAACGAGUCAGACAGUUAUUGGUGAGAGAUGAUACACUAAAUAUUUCACCCAUAUUCAAUGAAUCAACUAUUUUCAAAACUCUAAACGAUACAAGUUUGAGGCAAGUGUUGGACGAAUCUUCAGUAAUAAUAAACUCAGGUAAUACAAGAGACAGUUUGAAUGAAGCGUUUUUUGAAAUAAUACAGUCUGCUCGUCCAAGUGAAACUUUGGAUACUUUAGCGAGGUUAGCCCAAGUUUGCUGUGAUUCCCUCGAGGUGGUUGAGCCUUGGCAUCGAUAUAAUGCUCAGAAUUAUUGGUUAGCAGAGGAAGCUAAUACAUGGAAACUUCUAUAUUGUCUGUAUAAUGACUCCAUAAAUGAACAUCCUGAAUCAUUGGACAGUAUUAUUUGUGAACCUACACUGUCACAACAAAUUUUAGUUGACGCUUUAUUUCAAAGCGAUUCCGAAUUACGUCUCCUCCAGCUACUAGUUGACUGGCUUGAGGCCACAGCCGCUUAUCAGGAAGAAACUACUAAAACCUCUGCUCCUGUCAUCAGUAAUGAUAUUCAUUGGGGUAACACACUCCACCAGUUGCUUAUAGGGUCCAGCUUGUUCAAUAAGGAGAAGAAUAAGGCUAUGAUCACAUGCAUGGAUCCAGAUGCACCAAAACGUCAAAAUAAAACUAUCCACACAGAUGACAAAAAAGAUGAUGAUGAUUUAUGUAAGAGAAUAUUUACUGAAGUUCGAUGUGGUAAGUUCAAUGAGGCAAUUUCUCUAUGUAUUAGUGGUGGGCAAGCAUGGCGGGGCGCUGUCCUUCAAGGCUGGAAGUUGCUACAUUAUGAACAGGAUGAGAAUGGAACUUUAGAAGUUUCUGGAAACUCUUCAAGAGAUCUAUGGAAGUGGUGCUCCUUGAAUAUAGCCAAUGAUGUCUCAGAAAACAUUAACUACAGAGCCACAGUUGGAAUUUUAUGUGGCCAUUUGCAGAGCACUCUGCCAGCAUGCCAAGGAAAUUGGGAGGACUUGUUGUGGGCACAUUUAAAAGUUCAGAUUGAGGCAAGGGUGGACAAGUUCUUGAGAGAGCAUCAUGCAACGGCUGAGGCAAACACAACACCACCAGAUGUUUUAGAAUUGUUGCAGAGUGAACUUCAAGUUGAAGAGCUUUCUUUGCAGCAAGUUUUCAAUGCUGUUAAAUCAUUAAUGGAAGGAAAAAGGGAGUCCAAUUACCAGAUCUGCCAACGUCAUCUAAUGCUCGGACAUAUUCGUGCAAUAAUGGAAGACUCCUUGCAAUGGCUUGAGAGCACUGAAGAGAAAUUCAUAAGAUUCCUUGCUCACUUAGUGCUAGUACUGAGACAGAUGGGCAAAGAUCCACAGCAUGAUGUUGGAGAUAGUGUUUUAGAGAAAUAUGUUACUCUACUCAUCGAUGGUUUAACUGAGGGUGCCUGUGAAAACCCAGAACUUAUUGCCUUUUACACUUCUACUGUACCUGUUCAAAGACAAAUUGCUUUAUAUGCAGAAUUUAUGAGUCGCAUACAAAAAAGUGAACACAGAGAGGAUGUAGUCAGUGCCGGGAUGAAAGCAGGUGUCAAUGUUGCUGCUUCUGCAAGAGUAGCAAUAAAAAAAGCAAUCACAGACAUACAACAAGGCUAUGGAAACAUAGAUGUGACGUUUACCCAAACAACUGCAGUUGAAAAGGAUAAAGCUUUAGUUAAUAAAGUAAUUCUAUCCUUAGAAUGGUUGGCGUUUAUCGAGAACCAACUUGUAGAAGCUCUUUGGUUGAGCAAUGCCAUGAUUCGCACAUUUAUUUUCAUUGGGAACACUGAUGCUGCUCUGCUAUGCGUUAAUAGUUUACACAAAAUGUUUGCAGACUAUAUAAAGAAGGUACCUUCAAACUCUUCAGAGUUGAGAGAGCAUUUAUGUUUGAAGUCGUACUUAGAAGGCAUAGAAGCCUUUGCGACUUGGUACAGACACUUUAUAAGUGGCCAGCCAAAGGAUAUUGAGCCUUUGGCUCCUGAUGCAUCAUUUUCGGACAAAGUUUACCACGAACAGAGAAGUGCCCAAGUUGAACAACAAAAGGCUAGAUGGAAGAAUACCAUACUACAUCAAUCUCGUCAUACCAAGAAUUUGCUUUACAAUACUCUAUUAUUCCCUGGUGGCUGGCUGCAAGAUGAAACAGACAGUACAUCUUCCAAUAAUUUCACUGAAGAAGAAAAAGAGGAAAGGGCUAAGCAGUUGGAUACUUUGAGACGUCUUUGCAUUCCCGAGGUUACUAUUUUAAUAUUAAAGAUUCUGCAAAGCACUGAUGAUAUUGAUAACCACAAGGAAGCAGUAAAAAUCAGCAAUUUGAUCGCUGGCGAAAAUCGUGGCCUUUAUAAAGUUUUCACUAAGAAUAAACUUCUGGAAGUAUUGGAUAGAAUUAAGGAGUCUUCUCUUCUACUUUUGGAAAAGGGUAGGGAUAUUUUUGGCUAUGAAUUAAAUGAAUAAUUUCUUACAUUGUUUAAUAAAAUUUUCUAUUUUCAACAGAA